CUCCUCAAUGCCCCCGGUUAGGCCUCCGUGUUGAGUUCCGAGAGAGAGACGGCAAGGGCAUGAAGAUCGGAGCCGGGUACUCCAAUGUUGUGCAGUUAUUUAAGCGUCGUGGUUUUGUAUUUAUGUGCCUCCUCCCCAACCCUGGGAGUCUCAUUUCCUUCGUUUUGACAAACAUUUAGCCUAGCAUGGUAGCUAGCUAACGCUCCAGGUAACAAUACAGUAAUAAACAAAAGUCCAAGGUAGCGGCGAGCGAGCGAGACGGAAAAAGGAAAGCUUCCACAUGGCGUUAAUCCUGUUUACGAGGUCGAGGGCACCAUUAAUGACAACCUCCAGGUCGUUAAACAACGAUCUACGAAAAGCCAAAGGGAAGCUCAAAGAUGCCUCCUGCUUCAACUGCACUGCGUUAAGACUCUCCAGUCAGAGACUCGACGAGUUGCGAUUAGUCAGCGCAGCCCAGCUCUCUCAGUCGAGCCCCUCGCCCCGCUCGACCGUCGCCCACCGCCGGAGCUCGGACUCGGGUCAGCUAUUAUGCGCCCGGGUGACCCCUCCGCCGUACGCCGGCAUUUCCAGCGGCACCAAGCCGUGGCGGCGGGACGUGCGCUGGCUCCACGCCUCGCCGGCUCGGCGGGACGACUCCAAGGUGGAGAAAUCGCUGCGCUCGCUGAAGGACAAGAUGAAGCUGGAGGAAGGCGGGCCCGUGUACAGUCCCGCCUCCGACGCCGAGCCCGUCCGACGCACGCUGGGCCAGCGAGUACUGGACGAAAUCAAACAUUACUACCACGGCUUCAGGCUGCUCUUCGUGGACACGGGCAUCGCCGGACGCAUGCUGUGGCGGGUGCUCAACGGCCACGGCCUGUCCCGCCGGGAGAGAAGACAGUUCCUCCGCACCUGCGCGGACGUCUUCCGCCUGCUGCCCUUCCUGGUUUUCAUCAUCGUCCCCUUCAUGGAGUUCCUGUUGCCCGUGGCGCUCAAGCUGUUCCCCAACAUGCUGCCGUCCACUUUCGAGACGCAGUCCAAAAAGGAGGAGAGGUUGAAAAAGGAGCUUCGCGUCAAGCUGGAGAUGGCCAAGUUCUUGCAGGACACCAUCGAGGAGAUCGCCUUGCGUAACAAGGCGGCCCAAAGUGACGUGGCCGAAGAGUUCUCCACAUUUUUCCAGAAGAUCCGCAACUCGGGCGAGCGUCCCAGCAACGAGCAGAUCUUGCGCUUCUCCAAACUGUUUGAGGACGAGCUGACGCUGGACAACCUGACCCGCCCCCAGUUGGUGGCGCUGUGCCGCCUGCUGGAGCUUCAGUCCAUUGGCACCAACAACUUCCUGCGCUUCCAACUCAUCAUGAAGCUGAGGAACAUUCGCGCCGACGAUAAGCUGAUUGCCGAGGAGGGGGUGGAGAGCCUCAACGUGAACGAGGUGCAGAGCGCCUGUCGGGUUCGAGGGAUGAGGUCGCUGGGCGUCACCGAGGAGCGACUCCGAGAGCAGCUCGGCCAGUGGCUGGAACUUCACCUGAAGCAGCAGAUCCCCACCUCCCUGCUGCUGCUGUCCCGGGCCAUGUACCUGCCCGACACGCUGUCCCCCGCCGACCAGCUGAAGAGCACCCUGCAGACGCUCCCCGAGAUGGUGACGAAGGAGGCCCAGAUGAUGGUGGCGGAGAUGGAGCUGUCCAAAGUGGACAACAAGACCAAAGUGGAGACCACGCUGCAAGAGGAAGCCGCCAUUCGCCAGGACAACAAGGAAAGGGAGAUGGAGAGGCUGGCCGACGCUGCCGAGAAGGCCGCCAGGGACGGCGAGGAGCCGGAAACCCGAGCCAGCGGCCAGCCGUCGCCUCAGGCCGACCUGCUCAGGGACACGGCGCCCGUCGUCGAAGGAGUUAAGUUUGAAGCGUGGCGGACAUUCCUGCGUUCCCAGGGCGAGGAGAUCACCAAGGAGGAGAUCGACCUGAUCAGCGACGCCUGCUCCAAACUGAAGGAGCAGAAGAAGCUGCUGACGUUGGAGAAGGAGGAGCUGGAGGAACUCAAGGACGACGUGCAGGAGUACAGCGAGGACCUGGAGGAGAUCAAGAAGGAGCUCUCCAAGACGGGCCAGGAGAAGGCGGUGUGCGAGUCCAAGGCCAGCCAGCGUCUGUCCAAGAGGGUCAACCGCAUGAUCGGACGUAUGGACAAGAUCAUCGGGGAGCUGGAGAAGGACAAGGUCAUCCUGGACGGACAGAUGGACGGCGGAACCACGCCGCCCGUCGGUCUCUUCUACGCCUUCAGGGAGAACCUGAUCAGCAUCGACGAGCUCAUCGGCGUCAUGCGGCAGAUCCAGAACAUUCCCGAGCACAAGCUGCAGAGCAUCGCCGAGACGCUCGACGACAACAAGGAUGGCAAGAUUGACAUCGACGACGUCAUCAAGGUGGUGGAGCUGAUCGACAAGGAGGACAUCGACAUCACCACCACGCAGGUGGCCGACAUCAUGACCAUGCUGCAGAAGGAGGAGAAGCUGAUCGAGAAGGAGAAGGCCAAGGACAAGGCGGAGAAGGAGCAGGCGGCCAACCUCAAUGGCUAGAAGAGGAAAGACCGGCGAGGGAGGGGGGGCAAAGCUUUCGCAGGUGAACUCAACUAUUGGCGACCUUGCGAAAACAAAACUGGAGCAGCUCCUCGUUGCCUCGAGAUGGCGCUCGCGUGUUGUUUUCUUAUUUAUUGGAGCACGGCACACGUCGGGAGUCGUCCGUCGGCGAAAAGCUCAACAAAGCCGAUGCUUUCUGCACUUUAGUAAAACGCCAUUCCUCCUCCUCCUCGUUCAUCUCGACCGGACACUCGCUUUCACCAAAGAAGACGCGCUUCAAAUCAUUUCAUUUUCGCGCCGCUUCAUUUUUUCCCCCUUUUCAUCGUCAACGCGCCACGUCAACGUCAAAGCCGUCCUCUUGUUGUUGCGCCGUAGGAACGCCACAACAAUUCAUAUUCAGCGUUUAUUUUUAUCAUCAUGAUACAUUUUUUGUAUGAUUGUUUAGCGCUUGUCGUGACUUGUUUUUAUGAUGAUUUUGGUGUUAUUUGCUUUGGACUGCCGGCGCG